GUGUUCAAAAACUCAAGAAAAAUCACAGAGUCAAGAGGUCGAGAUCGAGAAAUGUAAGAUCCUACUAACCCAAAAGACAAAUAUUCUAACAAGAUUGGAAGUCCAAUUAAACGCGUGUAACAACACUCUAGUGGCAAAUGAGGAAUUAAUUAAGAUCCUGCAACUGAAAAAUACGGAAAGCACUACAACUACUACUGAAAAUGCAGAAAAUGGUGUAACUUUAAAAACCAAUAUCAAGGAUUUGUUCUAUUCUCAGCAAAGUGGCUGCGCUGCACUUGGGAAUUUUACCGGAGUAAAAUCCAUCGAAGUGCCUACGAUUGGAGAGGUUAAUGUCUAUUGCAAUAGCCUUCUGGCGGGACCUGGUUGGAUUGUAAUCCAGAGACGAGAAAAUGGCAAAACCAACUUUAUCCGCAAAUGGAUGGAGUAUAGGGAGGGCUUUGGAAACAUAACGGGGGAGUUUUUUAUUGGACUGCAGACGGUUCAUCAGCUCACCAAAUCGGAACAGUAUGAGCUACAUAUUCAGUUGGAAGAUUUUGAGGGAGAGCAGAGAUUUGCCCACUACGAUCGAUUGGAGGUGGAUGAGGAGGACUCGGGCUAUUCACUCCUAUCCCUUGGGAAAUACAGUGGCAAUGCUGGUGAUGCACUAACCCAUAAUCUCCAUGCCAAGUUCAGUACAUACGAGGAGGAUAACCUUGAAAAAUGCGCAGCUAGGAAGGAAGGUGCCUGGUGGUACGGGGACAAAUGUGGUUUUAGCAAUCUAAAUGGCAUCUAUUCGGUUGGAGAUCAGAUAUAUGACUACGAUGGCGUAGGAGUCUUUUGGAACACAGCCGAGUGGCAAGACUACACUUAUUCCCUUAAGACAGGUCGAAGCUGAAUUAAAGGAAAAAUGUAAAUCGAUUCUAGUUCCUUUUAAAAGAUCAUAAACUGCAGUACUUCUUGCUCAGAUAAGUACAGCGAGUAGUAAUUAGUAAUAUAAA